AUGACUCUUUUGCCCCGUAUUUCUAAUCGUGUCCUCUCUGACUUUAUCCUUAAUGGCUUGCAACACGGGUUCCCCAUUGGCCACUCUGGUGCUUCUGUAUCUAUCAUCUCUGGCAACCUCCCAACUGCCAUUGAACAUACUCAGUUUGUACGACAACAAAUUGCUGACCGGGUCCGACGUGACGAAUCGGCCGGUCCUUUCUCUGUCCAGCCUUUCCACCCAUUUGUAUGCUCUCCGCUCGGCGUAGUGCCCAAGAACAACGGGAAAUUCCGCCUCAUUCACCACCUGUCUUACCCUGACCGUAUGUCUGUCAAUGAUGGAAUAAACAAGGAUUCGUUCUCCCUACAUUAUGUCACAGUGGACGAUGCCAUUGAGCGUCUGCAACGUCAAGUUACCGGUGCCUUGAUGGCGAAGCUCGACAUACGCAAUGCAUUUCGAAUGGUCCCCGUCACACCCACUGCAUACCAUUUGUUGGGUUUCCAGUGGCAGGUCCAAUUCUACUAUGACAAAGUACUGCCAUUCGGGCUGAGGUCCGCACCCUACUUGUUUAACUGCAUUGCGGACGCACUUUGCCAGAUAAGCUAUGAACUGUUCCAGGUUCCCCACCUCCUGCACCUUCUGGACGACUUCUGGCUCUGUGGCCCUGCAAACUCAACGCUAUGUGCGCAGCGUCUGAACGUAGUCCUCUCCGUAUUCCGCUACCUGGGAGUUCCCAUUGCCGACGAAAAGACAGUCGGCCCAACCUCCUGUCUCACCUUCCUGGGCAUCGAACUGGACUCCGUCCAGAAAGUGACUCGUCUCCCACAGGACAAGGUGGACGACAUCCGCUCCAGACUAUUGGCCUUUCGCUAA